AUGGAUGCAACUACACAAUUUGCUAGUAAUGUGACAUUGAUAAACGUUACAGAACAGGAAACGAUCAACACGACGUCAUCAAACUUGGCCGAAGGGAGGUAUCCGCCGGUCGGUUACUACGGAUACACGAGUGCGCUGCUCUGGAUGGUGAUUCCGCCGAUUCUUAUUUCCAUUGGAACGAUCGGAAACGCUAUGACUAUUCUCGUGCUGCUUCGCCAGAAGAAGAUGACGACGACGGCGGUGUUCCUGUUUGCUCUGGCACUUUCAGAUACGCUCGUGCUGUUCAGCGCACUUCUGCCAGACUGGGUGUUAUAUACCUGGGACAUUGACAUCAAGAUGCUGAGUAACCCCGGGUGUAAAGCGAUAGUCUACCUUUCAUACUGCAGCAUCCACCUCUCCUCGUGGCUGAUCGUGGUCGUCACGCUUGAGAGAACAGCUUGCGUGCUUUUCCCGCAUAAAGUGAGACUUGGCUGUUCCCCACGCAACGCUGUCUUGAUCAUCGUCACCAUUGUACUAGCCGUGUUCGGAAUUAAUAUAAUAUUACUUGUGAUAAUUGGUCUGAAUAAAAACACGUGCGCUCCGUCCACUAAGGAAUACCGAGAUCUGUUUGACUACGUUCACAGAUGGAUCGACUUCACGUUAACUUUCGGCGCGCCGUUCCCGCUGCUACUCAUUGGAAACGUCAUCAUUGUAGUGCAGCUCGCGCUCUCCCGUUCAAGACGUCAGCGGAUGACCAUUUCCGGUCAGACGCGCGACACGCGUCCUUUGUCGAUGCUAAUAAUGGCACUUUGCGUGCUGUUCUUCUUCACGAUAACACCGGCGUCAGUUUGUUUUGUGUACUUACCCUACCUGAGGGAGCAGCUCCUGGCGCUCGAGUCAGUUGAUCCUUACACGGCCUGGUACGACGCCCAGUACAUUGAUUUCCUUUACAAUGUUGCCAUUCUGGUCAGCUACUUCAACGCCGCCUUCAACUUUGCCUUCUACGUGUUCAGCGGCUCAAAGUUCCGCGCAGAAUUGAGGAACCUGCUUUGCUGUAAGGCAACACAAGGCACCAGGCUGUUUGGAAGCUAG